AAGCCAUAUCUGGAAGCUGUGGGCAAAUACUAUACGAAAGUGUUAUCCCUUAUCGAUGACUACCAGUUUCAGAAAGGAGGGCCUAUUAUAGCCCUGCAGUUUGAGAACGAGUUCGGAGGCAUUCAAAACGACAACGAUAAGGAGUACUUCCAGUUCAUGAAGAAUACCUUAGAUUCCCACGGAUUCAAAGAAUUACUUAUUAAUUGUGAUUUCGGAUCCCAUCCAGUGGAGGCUAUGAAACAUAUAUUACCAGGUGUCUUAGAGACCGAUAACGUUAACUCGGAUUCAUUGAAAUCCUUGACUGCCUUACGCCAGGCACAGCCUAAUAAACCCCUACACGUCACUGAAUUCUGGCCAGGGUGGCUUGAUCAGUGGGGGGAGAAGGGUCACCACACUAUGGAUGUCAACUAUUUUGAAAAGGAGAUCACCGAUGUACUGUUCAAGGCCAAUUCAUCGGUUAAUUUCUAUAUGUUUUUCGGUGGCACUAACUUUGGGUUUAUGAAUGGGGGCCGAGUGGUGACCAGUUAUGAUUAUGAUGCACCACUAUCUGAAACGGGCAAUUAUACCGCAAAAUAUUGGAAAACUAAGGAAUUGAUUGUGAAGUUUACGAAAGAGAGAGGUUUACCACAACUUUUGGUGCCUAAACCUCCGACAUACGUAACACCGGUUUCUUACGGCAAACUCAAAGUUAAGGAUUACUUGAGUUUAGAGGACGUGUUGAGACAAAUGAAGCCAAUCGUCACCGAAAAGCCACAACACAUGGAGUUAUUAAACAUAACAAACAAAACGGGACAACACUAUGGGUUCAUUCUCUAUAGACUCAAUAAACUCAACAAAUUUAAACAUUUGAAACUCACCGGUGGUGCCGCUGAUCGGGCAGUCAUUCUCGUGGACAACAAAGAGGUCGCUGUCUUCGAGAGUAAUAACGACUAUAAUCAGGACUUAAUUGACACACAAUUUGCAAACACAACGACUCAUACGUUGGAUAUAAUCGUCGAAAACAUGGGUCGACCCAAUGGUGGGGCUGUUAUGAAUACCGCCCGAAGAGGUCUUAACGGAGAUAUCAGUAUCGAUACAAAAGUUGCCACAAAUAUCGAGACAUUUUCACUUGAUUUCAAAGAACCAUUUGUCGCUGUCUUCGAGAGUAAUAAAGACUAUAAUCAGGACUUAAAUGACACACAAUUUGCAAACACAACGACUCAUACGUUGGAUAUAAUCGUCGAAAACAUGGGUCGACCCAAUGGUGGGGACAUGAAUACUGCCCGAAGAGGUCUUAACGGAGAUAUCAGUAUCGAUACAAAAGUUGCCACAAAUAUCGAGACAUUUUCACUUGAUUUCAAAGAACCAUUUGUUAAACAAUUAACUCAAUUGAAGGGAAAGCCGUUCGUUGAAGGCAUCAAAAGUCCAGCCGUUUAUCGGUUGGAAUUAGAUAUUAAGGACAGUCCGAAGGAUACAUUCAUACGACUGGACGUAACAAUUGUUUACAUAUUUAUCCCUGACCGCUAUAUAAGCGGUGACAAGGAGGUGACAGACAUACUGUUCAAAGCAAACUCAUCCAUCAAUUUCUACAUGUUUUUCGGUGGCACUAACUUUGGGUUUAUGAACGGGGAUACUGUGGUCACUAGUUAUGACUACGACGCACCCCUAACU